UGUCACUUAGAGUCUGAUUCAGUUUUUCACGGGCAGCUUGCAAUGGCAAGUUGGCCGGACCUGUUUCCAGACUUUGUCGGCCUCGAUUUUUUCCCUGUGAACAGCGCGCACAAUGGCCAUGGUGAACAAGUGUGGCAGAUUGAAAUCAUCGGCAGCAGCAUGCAGAUCACAGGGAACAGUGCAACGUUCCAGUACAAAUUCUCUGUCAUUGAAGUACCUGAAGAUGGCGACCAGAGCUUCACUGAUGGUUAUACGUUGACGAAGGCUUCUGCUCAGAUUGAUGUCGCUCAGAAAGCUUUCAGGGUGGAUGGCGGAUUGGAAUUGAUCGAAAGCACCAUGCCGCCAGGUUCUUACAAUCUCAAAGGUCUCAAUUGGGAGUUCCUGCUGAACUCUGACAACACCCUCAUUACCAAGGUGGACACAAGCUGGGCAGGCCACAAAUCUCUGCUGUUCGUGAAGCCAAAAACAUCACUUGUGCCGCACCUGGCGCCAUCAGGUUUGGCAAUGAUCCAGGACAAGAUCAAAGCGGCAAGGCGGUUUAUGUCGGAAUGUGACCUUGUGGAGGCUCAAGCAGAGCGAGUGGUACGCAUCAAGAUGGACGACAUCAGAAUUGGUAAGCUGGCCACGCAAGAAGAGAUGUUUGAAGCUGAUGUGAAGUUUACACUCUCCUGGCUCAUCACCAGGGAUGAACUUUACCAACGGAUAGUGAAGCCUCACGAUUGGCUACCAUCGUGGUGUCCACCCGCGCCUGCGGUGUUGAAUUCGCAUCAAGAAGGCUCAGUUGCCAUCACGUGCAAGCCAGUUGUCUUGCAUAAGAAUGGCAGGGAGGUGACCUUGUCACAAGCUUGGAGCAUUAGAGGCAGCUUUCAUGAAACUCUGGAGCUUGACAACUAUCCCUUCGAUUGCCAGCCUUUGCAUGUGCAUUUCGCAUUCUCUGCCCCUGAUGGAGAAAGCAUUACCUGGGAGCAUGGUGAGUGUGAGAAGCUCCUGGGAAUCGACACGGAUGCAGGAAACGAGUCUCCCAUCCGGGUGAUGCUCGCACGCGCCGUAGUGCGACAGGAGAGCCGCUCCAGCCGAAGUUUCGAACUAGAGAUGCUCGAGCCAACCUCGAAGGUUCAUUGCUGUGUUGGGGUGGUGGUCAAACGCAAGGCCACCAUGUACUGGGUACGGAUCAUUUUGGUCCAGCUCCUCAUCAACAUUUUGUCCUUGACCAUUUUCAGUAUUGAUCCUGUGGAUGACAAGGCUGACCGCCUGAACGUCAUUUUGGUGGUGCUCUUGGUGGCAGCUGCAUACUCGCAGAUCACUGCAAGCAUGUUGCCAUCCUUGGGAUACAUGACGCUUAUCGACCGAUAUAUUUUCGAAAGUCUUCUCUUUAUGUCAGGGCUUUGCUUGCAGGUGGCCUUCAUUGGUGAUGUAAAGACGGAUCAAAUCUGCAUGUGGGCCGAUGCUGUGAUGAUGAUCCUGUGGCACCUUUACAAGGCACUUCGCAUUUUUGUUUGGAUUAUACCACGCGAAAGCCGCAAAGGCUUGGAGUUGAAUUGGUCCGGAAAGCCGAAGACCAGUGGCAGAAGACAAUUGUCUGGCUCCGCGAAGCGAUGGUCAAGACUCGAGUCACAGCCCAUCAAGGAUUCCGAAUGAAAGAGAGUAAAGAAGAUCUAGUGCAGGCUGGGUUGAGCCUUCCUUAUGUAAGAGAUGACAAGGAUACUUCACUCAUCAUUUUCCAUCCUC